AUGCAUGUUGCCAGAAUCAGGGCGCGGGGGCUACACAUUAUUCAAUCUUCUCCGAGUUACUCAAAGAGAGUGUUGAGUUCCUCUGCAUUUUCGUCCUCACCUCGAUCCGCAGCCUCAGAAAGCACAAUGUUCAAGAAAGCCGUCAAAGACCACCCUGGCGGGGCUCCGAAGCCCCUUCACCAGUCUGAUCUGUUACGCACGAAUGCAUCGGCUCCACCGAAGUCCCAACCUCAGUCUGCUGGCGUCAAGCGGAAGAUUGAGACCGAAUCAUCACUAGGCUCUCUCCACAGCGCGGUUUUCUUUACUGAGAACGACUUUGAUGAUGAUAUCGACUUUGACGAGCCACAACCGCCGAUUGCGCCGAGUUCUGCAAGCAUUAUCGCGUCGAAGCCAGUCACUUAUCCAAGUCUAGACACUCAACCUGAUAUCAACUACCCAGCACUUCCCUCCGUAUCCCAGGAUGCAUUGGCCCCCCCAAGCAGCAUGCCAGUGCCAUGGUCGUCAUCGCCUCCAUCUCAUUAUCAAUCGCCCCCAAGGAAACCCCGAAGUCUUCCGUGGAUUUGGUAA